AUGGAUAUAAAUAAUAAAAAAAUUACUAAAAGUGAAGCUUCCGAAAACCAAAAGUACCACCACUACCAGUACCGACUUCCCAAGGGUGAGCCACCUGACGUCAUCGUUCCCAUUCCUAUUAGACCUGGUGGUAGUAACGCAAGUCAACAACAAAUACUUCAGCUACAUUCCGUUCACAUGCCACGACAAUUCACUUUUUCCGAGUUUAAGAGGAAGAAGAGCACACAGGCUCAUCAAUCCACUGCUCUUUCAGAGUUGUUACAGUAUAAAGAUUCGGAAGAAGAGAAAGAGGGGGAGGGGAAGGACGAGACUCGAGCCAUAAGUACUAUUAUUAAUAAUACGGAAACAAACCCGGAAAUGAUUAAAGAGGAUACUGUUUCUCCAAUCACAAACACCGAACGAGUCCCCGUUAUAAAAAACGAAUCGGCUAAAGAUGAUAGUAACAAUAAUGACAAUAAAGUGGGUCAUAAAAGUAUUUUUAAUACCAAAAACGCAAUGGAGCUUGCAUUGCGAAUUGCCAAUCAAUUUGUUAUGGAUGGUUCAAAAGAGACUCACAACCCAAACCGUACAAAGCCUUUUCGCUGUGAAGUAGAAGGAUGCAUGAGCACAUUCACCCGGAAACACGAUCUGAAACGACACGUAAAUGGAAUUCAUAAAUGUGAAAAGUUGUAUCAGUGUCCGGCGUGUUUGAGGAAUUUCUCGAGAAAGGAUGCGUGGAAAAGGCAUUCAGUUGGUUGUGCGCCGCCGACUGUUGAGACAAAGAAUGUGCAGCCUAUCGAGGUCGAAUUACGGAGGAAGAUCGUAGAAUUAAUUAAUUGA